AUGUCUGCCGGAGACGAAUUCGAUCCGGAGACCAACAGGAGAAACCAUCAAUCACCCUACACCUCGCGGCAUCCUAUUCCUACCAUCCAGAAAUACAGAGCCGAGCGGAGUGAGUUGUCGGAUCAGCAACAGCAAGCGGAGGAUGCACAGCACGACGAGGGCGAUGAUCCCACGGUGAAGAGAGCAUACCAUGCAGCAAAAGGCGUUCUGAAGGGCGAAGAUACUCCUCGGCCUGAGCAUAACCCGUACGAAACAGAGAACAGAAAUGUGGAGGGUACAGGGCAGCCUAAACGAGAUGGUCAGCAACGGCCAGAUCAGGACGGCCAAAAUGGACAGACACGAGAGCCUUCCCACGAGGGCAAGAAAGAGGAGAAUCAUGCCAAGGGCCGUGGACAAGCCCAGUCAGCCACUGAAGCUGUCGCGGCCCAGACGGAUCCUCGGCAGAAGAGGAAGGCCAUGAAACAUGGGAAGCGCAGUGAAGGUGGCAGAGAAGUCACGGACCCUGUGACCCAUCUUCCCAUCGUAAUCAGAGAUUCGACGCGCAAAGAUCUGAAGUCGGUACAGCAGAAUAUCCCAGCACCGGGAAACAAGCCUGAAACCAUGACGGGAGUCAGUGGCGUGAAGAAAUCACAGUCUGACCUCGAUGUCGAACAGUCUCGGCUGCAAAAGAGCCAUGAAGGGAUGCAGAAGCUGUUCCCGGGGCCGAACUUCGAUGACAUGAAGAUCGAGUUGACCCGGAUAUAUCAGUUUGCCUUGACAAUAGGAUUGGGGAGUGUUUUGGUAUUGGCGUCGGUCUCCGUCGCCCUCUCUCGGUUGCUUGAGCUGGACUUCUCUCGAUCCCAUCGACCUGAUCACUCUCCUUGGUCUUCUAUCGUCUCCGCGGUCGUCAUCAUGGCAAUCCUAGCCACCAUUGGAUUCACGGUGAUACUUGCAAUCCGAGGCUGGCUGGGGAAAAAAGUAGACGCGAUUUGGAACGAUGAAGUCUGGGAUGCCGCUCGUACGCAGGAACUCGAAGCGAAUGACUCGGAGGACAUCAUCCCCGAGUCGGUAACUUGGUUGAACAACCUCCUAGCCGCAGUUUGGCCGCUCAUCAACCCGGACCUGUUCACCUCCGUCGCCGAUAUGUUGGAGGAUGUCAUGCAGGCUUCCCUCCCUAAAGUUGUCCGCAUGGUCAGCGUCGACGACCUGGGGCAGGGUAGUGAAGCCUUCCGAAUACUGGGGGUGAAUUGGUUGCCAACAGGCGCUGCAAGCCGGACUGUAGGUGCAGACGGCAAGCUCAAACCCGCCGAGUCGGAGGAGAAGAGUGACAGGGCCUCGCCUGGGGACGGGCAGAUUGAAGACGGGGAGUCCGACAACGAGAAGAACGAGGGUAAGUCUAAGGACAAGGGCCAGAGCGGACAACAACAAGAGCUGGAGAACCAAGCCAUCCGUGAAGGCAUGGAAGCAGAACAAGGCGAUUUCGUCAACCUAGAGUUAGCCUUCGCCUACCGAGCUCGAUCGUCUGGAAGAUCUCUACAAGCAAAGGCCAAAAAUGCCCACCUUUUCCUCAAAUUCUAUCUUCCUGGAGGUAUUGCGGUCCCUGUCUGGGUCGAGCUGCGAGGGAUGAUCGGCACAAUGAGGUUGAGGUUACAACUCACACCUGAUCCACCGUUUGUCAGUCUCUGCACACUGACGUUUAUCGGACAACCGCAAGCCGAUUUGGCUUGUGUGCCCCUCUCCAGACGUGGGCUCAAUUUGAUGGAUGUGCCUCUCAUCUCGUCUUUUGUCCAGUCGUCAAUCGACGCCGCUCUGGCGGAGUACGUGGCACCCAAGAGUCUGACACUGGAUUUGAAGGACAUGCUUGUCGGGGACGAUUUCAAAAAAGACACGGCCGCCAGAGGCGUGGUGAUGAUCUAUAUCCAAUCUGCCAAAGGUUUCAAAGACGGAGAUUGCGGUGUCGGCCCGUUCCGGGGCUCAAGCGACGCAUACAUGACCGUCUCCUGGGGAAAAUUUGGAAAGCCCGCUGCUUCUACAAGAGUCAUUAUCGACGACCAGGCACCAAGUUGGCACGAGUGGGCGUCAAUAUUGGUCACCCCUGAAGAGAUGAAUGCAGACGAGCGACUUCGCCUCCAACUAUGGGAUUCGGACAAAUACACUGCGGACGAUGACCUUGGACGGGUUGAAGUCGACCUCCACGAACUCAUGCACAGCCCAAAGACCAAGAAUCGCAUGUGUGAUCGGGAGGACCGUUUCAAAGGAGAAGACCCUGAUGAAGACAUGCCCGGUACGGUGCUGUGGCAGGUGGGAUACUUUGCUAAAGCUGAGAUCACAGAAAAACAGCUCGCCAAGCAGAGUCAGGAUCCAAACAUCCGAUCAGUUCAAGAUCUGAGACAGCAGGUGAGCGAGUCGGCAAAGAGCAAGCUGCGAGAAGCCAACGUCCACGACGAAAGCAAGGAAAUCAAGCAGCAGCAGCAAGAAGACUACAAGGAGCGAGAAGAUGCGUUGACCAUUUCUAGCCCCCCGCCGGGCGCCUAUCCCAGUGGGAUUUUCAGCAUUCAAAUCCACAACAUCACGGGAUUGGAAGUGCAGUCGAUGCAGAAAAGAGACAAGAAACACGGCGACGGUGACCGGGAAGACGAGGCGGAGCAGAGUGAAGACCUCCCGAGCAGCUACGCCACGAUCAUUCUCAAUCAUCAGAAGAUUUACCGGACCCGGACGAAACCGAAGAACUCGAAGCCUUUCUUCAAUGCCGGCACAGAGCGGUUCAUUCGAGACUGGCGAACCGCCGAAAUCAUGGUCUCUGUCCGUGAUGAUCGUGAGAGAGAAGAUAACCCUUUGCUAGGAAUGGUCUAUUUGCCGCUCCGCACAGUCUUUGAGAAAACUAGUCAAGUCAUGCAGAUAUAUCCACUGGUAGGUGGAAUGGGAUACGGUAGAAUGAGGAUCAGCAUGGUGUGGCGCAGCGUACAGUUGAAGCUACCCAGAGAGUUGCUCGGAUGGAACUACGGCACGCUGGAAAUCAAUUGUCCAGUCAAACUGAAGUCGAACGCCGGUAGUGACGGCUCGUUCACCCAACACCGCAUAAAAUUGAGGACUAAUCUGAUGAGAGCGAAAAUGUUCCCGGCUGGAGAGGGGACAGUCGAGUGGAGACCCAAACGUGACAGAGAGUCGGUCUUCCUUGCGGUGCGGAAGCGUUAUGCCAGUCCCCUGAUAGUCGAGUUCCGGAAGUCGGUGCUGGGCCCCGACUCGACACCGGCGUUGGCGGUCUUCUGGCUGAAGGACAUUCCUGACGACGAAGAAAGGACGGUUUCACUGCCAGUGUGGAAAGGAGGCAAACAGAAUGCACACCGGAUCACGACAAGUUGCGGGUACAAUGGCAUGGAAGAAGGGGAGCGGCCGCUAGGGGAGAUUGAACUGACGCUCAAGUUCUGGAGCGGCUUGAGCGGCUAUCACAAAGCUUAUGCAAGUAAAGGCAAACACACGGAGGUGAAAAAUGUGAUGGAGGUUCUCGACACCGCCAACGACGAAGGCCAAGUCGACGAAAACGACAGCUACGUGAGUGACCGGUCCAGCACAGAUCAGGGCUCGGACUCGGACUCGGACUCGGCCACAGUUUCAUCCACACGGUCAGAGUCAGGCAGGGGGCCCAAGGGAAAGAAGGAGAAGAUGAGCAGGCACAAGAAACUGAGCACCCACGUGAAUGACGACUCGUCCAAUUCCGAUUCCGACACGGCCGAUGUGUCGUCGCCGGCAUCGUUGUUGGACCCGACCCAAUUGGCACAGAAGCCCCUCACCAAAGCCAGAGACAUGGUGGCCGCGGCACUCGACGUGGACGGCCACAACGACCCCGACAACGGCGCGCGCGGCGUCAGGGCCUCGAUCAGAGAUUACAAGGACCACCAUCGCCAGCUGCAUCGCAAACAUCGCGGCGUGAUGCAGUGGAAAGGAGCCAGGACUUUGGACUGGAUGGCCGGCAAGGUCAAGCGUGGCAAAGGCCGUAUCGGUGAGGUUUUUGAGCACAACGACGACAAUAAGACCGGAGGCAUCGAAACCGAGGUUUAG